GCCCUUUCCUGUUCCGGCUCCCCGGCGGUCCAGGCCUGGGUCUGCGGGGAGCGCCCUGAGGUGGGCCCGGACGGGGGUCCGGAAGGAGGCCAUCCCCACCUCAGGCCCCAGCACGCCUGCGGGUCAGAGCCGUGGUGUGACCCUGCACACUCGGGUACGCAGGGCUGGGGGUUCAGAGCGUGCCAGAACCCGAGUGCCACCAGUUCAGCAGAGGUGUCACCGAUGGUCUAACAAGGGUGGAGACCGGAAUCUGCCAGGAAUCAGGGUGGCUCACAGACACAGGGCACUCAGGGAAAGACGGUGGCUUCAGCUCACCCCAGGGAGAGUUCAGACCUUGCGAUUCAUCCAGCUCGGAACCCAGCGAGUUCCCUCCCCAGGCACAGGGAUCCGCCACCGCUCACCACCUCUUGCUGUUGCCCCUGGCAGGAGCUCCAGGAGCCAGGUGGUGAGGUCUUGGUGUGAGGCAACACCUGCACGUCACAAGACAGGACGCGCAGACAGUGUGAGGAGUCAGGUGGAGGCCUCUGCGUCCCUGUCACCGAGCUCUUACCAGCCUGUCCAGAGCAGCAUCAUCAUGUUUGACUCUCCCAAGCACUACCGACCAAUGGUGGAAGAGCCCGAGUUACCAAGCAAUGAGUUAGAGGUGGUUUCUGAUCCUGAGACGCUGGAUCCUUCUGAGGAUGCUGAGGGAGGCUCCACGUCCCCCGCCAUCAUGGCCUCCAGCCCCAUGAGCCCAUCCCACGUAGACUCCAGCAGCGACGAAGAGGAGAGUCUGCUCCCUGCACUGGCCCUGCCCGACAUUGAGGCCUUGGUGGGUCCUGCCUUGGAUAACAAGGUGGCCGAGCUGGUAAUUUUCCUGUUCCUUAAGUAUCGAAGCAAUGAGCAGACCACCAUUGCAGAAAUAGUGCAUGAAAUCUUCCAAGGUUAUGAGGAGUACCUCCCUGCGGUCUUCGGGGAGGUCUGCCGUUACUUCUAUCUGGUCUUUGGCAUUGAAGUGCAGAGAGUGGCCCCCCCCUUCCCCUGCUAUGUCCUUAAGCCUGCCCUGGGCUUCACCUAUGAUGGCAUGGUAAAUGAUGUCCCCAGCUUCCCCAAGACCAUCCUCCUGAUAAUUGUCCUGAGUGUCAUCUUCCUUAAUGGCAACCGUGCCAGUGAGGAGUCUAUCUGGCAAGUGCUGGAGGGGAUUGGGGUGCAUCCUGGGCAGGAGCACUUCAUCUAUGGGGAGCCCCGGAAGUUCAUCACCGAGGAUUUGGUGUGUGAGAAUUACCUGGUGUAUCAGCAGGUGCCCAAUAGUGACCCUGCUCGGUACGAGGUUGUGUGGGGCCCCAGGGCCUGCAUUGAAACCAGUAAGAUGUCCAUCCUUCAGUUCCUGGCCACGGUCAAAGGUACCAGCCCCAGUGAUUUUUCUUUGUGGUAUGAGGAGGCCUUGAGAGAGGAAGAGGAGAGGUUCUCCCCUCCAGACCCAUUAGAUUUGUCCUAACCAGGGCCAUGUCCGGCAACUUCUGCCCCGUGCAAUUUGUGAGGCAGAUUCGGCCAUCUGUGAAAAGAGCCUCACUUUCCUAAAUGACACGGAGAAUGUUUUUGCGUUUCUGUUCAGUGUGAGUCACUUGGAGAUUUUUUUCUUUUUUGAUAUUUUCUCACAUGUUCUUCCUUUUAGUAGAUUUAUUUAACUUCCAAUUUCAAGGUUUUAAGGCACUGGCCACACGUAUAUUUAUACAUCUGUUAAGAGUUUUGCUGUUAAACAAGUUGUAAAAUCUUCAAUCCUACUUUGUAAUGUAGAACAAGAUCUUUGUCACUGGAACAAAAGCGUUCUUUGGAAAUGUGAAACACGUCAUGUGUAAACUUUGUGGGGACAAUAAAUAAGGAGGGAAAGUUCAUUCUUACC